AUGGCGAAGACUGUCCUUCUCACUGAAUCUCUCCCAUUUAUAAUCAAUCUCGACGGUAUUUACCUUCUUGGCUAUGCAUGGCUCUUUGGGAUGUGUGUAAUCGCCUAUCGGACUCUUCCUCGCCAACAGUUCGGUGCCCUCCAGCACAAAACGUUCCCCGUCUACUUCGUGAAAUCAAUCGCCCUUUCUGCAGGACUUCUUACAAUUUGGAUUUUGAACCACCCGGAUGUCCUCAAACACUACGCUCGUCCCAACAUCGCUGAUGUUGCGCAGGCGUAUGCGUUACUCACUGUGUUUCUCUCUCAAAGUUUCAACUAUUUCGUCAUAGGUCCUAUGACCAGCAAGACUAUGUUCAAACGCCACAGACUCGAAAAAGAGGAGGGCAAGUCGUACAAUGAAUCUGGGGUUUCCAGCCAGAUGAAAGCAUUGAAUCCAAUGGAAAGCCAAGAAUACAAGUUUUGA